GUGGAGAAUAGUUGUAUUUAUUGUGCGCCGAUGUUGUGUUAAUUCCAGUUUAGCCGGGACGAGUGCGCGGUUAGGCGCUGCGGCGGCUGUACCGCUAUCUCCGCGAAUAAAUAAAAGAUGCAGCGGAGAACGGGUACAUAGCGGGCUCAAACCGGGCGAGGCUCAGUGCGGCGUCGAUCAGCUCCCACGAUGGUCAACUACAAGAGAGUGGUGUGCGAGGUGGCGCUACUGGCGGCGCUGGUGGUGAUCGCCGCGGCCGCGCCCGCCGACUGCGAUCGCCACUACGACCAGCGGCAGAACGGCUCCGAGAACUACCGGCUCAAUAUCGACGGCGUGGUCAUCGCCGUCGCGCCCGCCGACUCGCUGCUCGCAGCCGCCUCCGACAUCGACAUCAGCGACCUUCUCGACCUCGACGACUUCAACGAGGUCAAGCCGAAGCCGCCCAGUACCACCUCCCCGCCGAAACCCCACAUCGAACCGAAGCCCGAGGACGCGAAGCCCGAAGCGCCCGCGAAGCCCGACGCGCCCGCCGAGGCGCCGCUCAGUGACGUCAGCCUCACCCCCAAUCUCAAAAGCCAGAAAAAGGACGCAACGACUAGAAAACAAGAAAAAGCUCAAAGACUGAAAAACAAGAUCGCACAUCUUUUACUACCGCUGCUGCGAAGAAAUCGGCAUCACUAGACCAACGGCACUGCCAUUACUAAGACAAACGAAUUGUUCUCAUCUUAUGUAGAAGUAGAAAGUUUUAUUGUGCUUAGGUACAUAAAAUAGUUCUUGAUAAGGCAAAUAAAUAUGUCAAUAUAAUUGAGCCCAUAAAGAGUGUUUGUAUAACACA